AUGGCAGAGACAAACGUUGGGAAGAGAGAGCGGAGAAAGAGCUUCACCUUCUUUCACCAUUCACACCAGCAUUCUUCUUCCCCCACAACCACAACAGUCCCAUCUGUUUCACUCUCCCAUGACCGAUCUGCCUCGGAUGGGUUAUCGACAGUGAAAAGACCUCGUCGCAACUCGGGGUUCUUUGGAAGCCGUGAUCCCAGUCCGAGGGGCACAACACCAAAUGUCCUACGCCGCCCGCAGACGUCCGAGUCAGAAGUGAUGGCCCUAGACACGAACAAGCAAAAGCGCAAGUCGCAGCAACCUUCGAGACGCGCCUCGAUGUUCGGCUCUUUUCGUUCCCUGCAGUCGAUGGAAGAUGAGCUGGCUGGCCAGCGAUCUCGCAGCGAUUCAAUUGACGACAACGAUGUGAUCAACUCGCCCCUGACCCAAACAAAAAAGUCGCUAGGCCAUGUGGUAUUGCAUCAUGGCGAAGUCCAAACGGCUGGGACUAUGUGGCGGAAGAGAAAUCAUUAUUUGGUACUGACUGAUACUCAUCUAAUCCGCUUCAAGAGUCAACACAAAGCAGCAGAUUUGUUCCCCACUAUCAAUGUGUCCUCAGGCCGGGCAACACCUGUGAACCACCGCCAAUCCAUCGUUUCAGUCGCCUCAGCACAAGACCAUACGUUUGCUACAUAUAGUGGGGACGUCGCGGCUAUCGCGUUGAACAGCAUUGUAUCUGUUAGCGGCGUCGAGGACGGGCGUCAAACGAACAUUGAACUGUCCUACUUGGAUGAUCGCACCAAUAAAGCUGCUUUUAUGGCAAUCCAACUCACAGAUCCGGAAGAGCAACAUCUCUGGUUAGUAGGUAUUCGCUCUGCCUCUCAAUCAGCCCGUGCCGCCGAGCCGUUCACCUUUGAAACGAAGACUAUCGAUUAUGUUGUUCGAAUCCUGGAGCAAGAUCGCGACUAUGACCCUGAAAAUUUCAAUCUGUUUCGAGUUAUUCAGAGAGCCCCCACCAAACAGAAUAUGAGGUCGUCGACGGAUGAUUUGGGGAAGUGGUCGGCAACCAUGUGCUAUCUUGCAAUUGGUUUGCAUAGGAUUCACCUGAUCCCUCUGUAUAGAGGUUCUAGCCGGUCGUCUCUCGUUUCCCUUAGUGAGAUGGAUCUAGGUGCUUCUCUCGGUUUGAUGGCAUUGACUUCUUUGAUGGUACAUUCUGGAGAUGAUCGAUUCCAGUUGGCUUUUCGCGUCCCACUACAGAGUGCAACGGUGGUUAAUCUCGCGUCUGUUCAUUCAUUGGACAUUGCCCUAUGGAUUCGACAACGUACCGAGUUUCUGCGUCCGCUUUGGCUGCACCAGCCAUACGAAAUUAUAGGACCUGCAGAAGUUGCUGACGAAGAUCUCAUCCCGUCUCCAGAACUGGUCGAAGAUUUUGGCUGUUUCGAUAGGACGCUCGUUGCAUACUCGGCCAGUUACAAUGUCGAUACGUCCAACAUUCGUUACACGGUUGAUCUUGAAUGUGAAGAUGCACCUUGCUUUAGACUCCUGCCGCCUGCCUCGAAACGACGCAGUCAAUACAAUGCUCUCGAACUCUUGGCCCUGAUGCGUGCGCUGCGAUACAACGAGUCCUUUAUCUCGAUAUCUUUCAGCGGUGUCAAUCUCGAUGUCCUACAGAACUGUCGUGACCGUUUUGAAGCUGAUUGGACCGCUUUCUUGACCCGAGCUGGUGCUCAGGUAAGUAUUGCCGGUCAGGAUCGAUUGUCGCUACUAUCGCAGGAAAUUCGUGCUUUAGCUCUAAAGAGUAAGCGACUUAGAAGACUCGACUUUUCAUUCUGUCUUUCGCGGACUCCGAUUUCUGACAGAGGCGCCCGAGAUCCUGGCUGCGGUAUCCCAGAAGCCAUCUUUCCCUUGUGCCGCCGCCAGUUGACUAAUGUCGAUUGGAUUGUGUUGAACGGAAUCAAGUUGGGCGACUCGGAUUUGGAUUAUAUUGUCGACGCUGCCUCGCAGAGAACUAGUCAUCUUCGAGCUCUGGAAGUUGGAGAAUGUGGCCUUUCUGUUCACGAUUUGGAUCUCAUCUUGUCGACUUUGACUGCCCAGGAGACGACUUUAGAAGCUGUUAACAUUUCCGGAAUUCAAGGACGGCUUAGCCCGGAAUUAUUCCAACAGCAAAUCGGGUACUUUGGUCAGAUCCGCAAAAUCAAUCUCACUAGGGUCGCUAGAACUUCUGGACCGGAACCACUUAUUGCGCCCGAAACCCUGUUGAACUGGCGUCUGGAAGAACUUUCACUCAGUCAAACAGCAGUCAACAAAGAGACUGUGGACUCAAUUGCUGCUUACUUGGCAAGUGACCGUUCUUCGUCUCUUCGGGUUCUGCGUUUGGACCAAUGCGGACUGACUGGCGGCGAUGUUGCUACUUUUCUACGUUGCAUGACCCGUCCGGCCGACAAGGCGCGAGACAUGCAUCUUCACGUCAGCGAAAAUCAUUUGGAUACGAAUUAUAGUCUCUUAUUCGACGCGAUUGCAGAUAAUAACACGCCUACCCACUUGUCGAUGCGCAUGAUUGAUUUCAAAAAGGAAGAUCAUUUCAGGGAACUGAUUGAGGCAAUGAAAAAGAACAAUACGUUGAAAUAUUUGGAUAUCUCCAAAGCAUCGCUCCCUUAUGAUGCCGGGCCGGAGACUUGCGAGGCAUUGCAGCUAAUGUUUGAGCAGAACGAGACUUUGGAAGAAUUGGAUAUUAGUGGAGAAUAUGCGCACCUAGAUGUCGCUCGGUUUGGUAUUGGGUUAAAUCAAGCACUGACGGGAUUGAAAAAGAACAAAUCUUUGAAGGUCCUCAGAAUCGAGCAUCAAAAGCUUGGAUUACAAGGUGCUAACACACUUGCAUCUGUCCUGGAGGAGAACACUACUCUGCGAGAGAUCUAUUGCGAAAACAACGAUAUGAACCUCCAGUCAUUCACUGUGCUAGUGAAUGGGCUUCAACACAACGACUCAGUCACUUUCCUGCCUGUAAUGAAUACAGAUCGCCACCAAUCUUUGGAAAGAGUUCGACGGGAAUUUGUCAACGUCAAACGUGAUACAUCUCACCAAUCAGGUCCUAGUUCUAUCCGCCGCUCGCUUCACGCUGCCAUAGCAAUCGGCCAGCCAUCUGGCGGCCACAAACUCGCUAAAUCGAAUCUGGCUGCUCGAUCGAAAGAUGCAGCCCAGAUGCUCGAGUCGUCGGCUUCAGAGCCAGUGGACCAGGAAGUUGAAGCUACACUGCAGUCAUUGAAUAGGAAAUGGGAUAUCGAAGUCGACCGCUUGCGUCAAUAUUUGUAUAGAAAUUAUUGCACACUGAACGGCAUCCCGUACGACGCAGACGGGUAUCAGGACUUGGAUGCAGUCGAAGAGAACGAUUCAGCAGAAGCCUCUCGCCCGGCCACAUCAGCUAGCCUCGGAGUGAUGAUUAGCGAACUUGAGAAACUCGAUAUCAACUUGUCUAUGGAUGAGAUGACAAUGCAAAAUAUUUUCCAGUCAAAUUCCGGUAAUUCCGGCAAUUCCACUGAUAGCGAGCGGGACGCAUUGGUGAUGAUGGAAAACAGCUCAGGCAGCUCGUCUCCAGUGGUGACCAUGUCCAGCGUACAAUCCACACCAACGAUCGAUUCAAUCAAGUUGAUGGAUUCAUUACGCCCCCUUUCUCCGGCAUCAAGUGCAUCAGAAAAUAAACCCACAACACAGCUGAAAGAAUAUGCUGCUUCUUCUUCAUCGUCGCCACAGUUAUCUCUCCCUGUCCCGGCAAUCUUUAAAGUCCCUCCUCCACCAUCAAUCAAGAACGGUAGUUCUGCGGCCAGUAUUCGAAGCAACUGCAGUUCCAACAUGUCAACAAGCACGGCACCUCGGGCACCAAGUUUUCGAAGCACGGGCGGUACAAGUUCACUGAGUGCGUCUUCGCUACGUAAACUACUCUCGACUCGACCUUCAUCUGCUAUGAAUGGAAUGCGCCAGAUUAGUGGUGGAUAUAGCAGCAAUAAUAGUUCCAUGACCGGGUCGGCGACUGGGUUGGCUGCGUCUGAUGAACCCCCGAGAAUUAUCUGGUCGCCUCCUAAGGUUGAUCUUUGAUCUUAUAACUGAUAACACUAUGGCUUGUUUAAGUCGACGAAUUUUUUAUCUUUGCAUGCUGGCGAUUUUUCGUGUCGUCAGCCAUUCAUUUUCAAACACGGAUCAUUCUACGAACACUUCAUUAAUAUCAAUCUUUCGAGCGAAGCAACUAGAGUUGUUAUUCAAUCCAUUACAUCUACACUGCAUGAAACGAGCGUUGAAGCAAACGUCAACUCAUUUCUUCCUAAUCAUUCUGCCUUUCCCCCUUCGUUCCAUCUCAUUUUCUACCUGUCAGAGUCAGUCACCAUGAUUUCCCUCCUUUUCCAAAACUCAUUAUACGGCGUUCUUUUUAUUUUUGGUUGUGUUCAGAAAACUAUGAUACCAAUCGCGUUUUUUUUUCCCACUCGUCGGUGUAUGUGUCAGUUUUGAUUUUCGUGUUUGAGGAGUCGUUACUGCCAGAGACAUGUACCUAAUCCUUGGAUGUUGAACUCCUUGGGUGAGUUUGACUAUGUAGCAUGAUCACCCUAAGGGGCUUGUUGUAAUAAAUGAUGUGCUGAGUGCAGAUCCCAAGACCUGGUAGAAAUGAGUAGAUCCAUCAUAUGGCCCAAAGAAGAGAGAAACCCUAAAUACAACAUGACAACAUGGAUGGCAGCAUUAUCAAUAAUUCGCAGCGCAUAUGCAAUGAUUAUAUGCCAAUUAUAUACUAUUAUACAGACAUGAAUAUAAAAAUCAUCAAACCCAGCAAUAUCCACUUUAUACCGUCCCAGAACCACCUGAACCACUAAAGGAAGGACCAGAAGAGCCAGCCUUCAACUCCUCAUAAACCACAAUCCCCUUCUCCCUAUCAAUCCGAUCCUGCUCCUCCCUAAACUUCUUCCCUUGCAUCGCCAACUUCCUCAAAUUCAAAAUAUACGGCGUCAUAUUCUCCUCAUCUCCUCUCUUCCCAAACGACAACGCCUCUCGUCUCCGUUUCCGCAUCCCUUCAAAUUGAUUCCAUAACUGUCCUGUGCCGAUUUUGAAUUCUCUAAUGGUGUAGGAGACUUGCCAGGUGUGAUGUGGUUUUAAGCUGGUGGGCCUUUUUAUGACGCGCCCGUUUACGAUGUUUUGGAUGUUGAUUUCCAUGCCGAAGAGUUUGGGACGGAUGUAGGAUUCUUCGCAGGUGCGGAGUAUUUGUUUGUAUUGUUGUUUGAGGUCGUGGAGGAGUUUUUCGGAGCGGUUUAGUUUGAAGCCGAUGACGAAGAUAGGGUUCGGUUUUGAGGCGGGGGCUUCUUGUGAGGAUGUCUCUUGUGAGGCGGUUUCUGGGGUGGAGGGAGCUUCAGUGGUGAAGAAUGUUGUAUCUUUGUCGGUGGUUGAUUCGGCUUGACGUUCGGUCUUCUCGAUUGUGGUGUUGGCAGUAUCGGCAGCAUUGACCUUAGCUGUAGCCACUACAGCUUCGUCGGCAGCCUCAGCAACAGCAUUGGCCUCGGUCAUAGUGUCUGUAGUCUCAGCGACAACUUCAGCGACACCAUCAGACCCAUCAUCCUCAAGAGCAAGCUCGUCCCCCUGAGUAACAGUCUCAGGGUACAACAUCUGCUGUUGCACCCGCUCAAUCUGCGCCUUAUUCUUCUCUUGUAUCCGUCGAAUAUCCGCAUCCGUUACAGGUUGCACGUAAACCAUCAUUUUCGCUGGCGUAUCAGCCGUAGUCUCAAAAUGGAGACGAAGCGACUGGUUCGGAUACUUGGCUGUCGCCCUAUCCAGAAUCUCAUUCCAGAGCUUGAUACUAUAUUGGAACUCUCGGUCACCCAACUCCGAGUCUGACUGGCCGUGCAGUGCAUAGUCCAUCUCUGAUAAAGGCACAUAUUGGAAACCGAAGAUGCGUUCGAUAUUGUGGAAUGCGACAAAGAUACCAUCCAUGCGACCUAUGCGGACCUGGAGCGAGUACUUGAGAAACGCAGCUCGGAU